AUGGAUAUAUUACCAAAAGCCUAGUUAAAUAUUUUUAAGAAAAAGGGAAUGAGUAUUUAAACAAUAGAAUCAACAGAACCUACUCCUAAAAAACAUAUAUCUCCAAAGCAUUCUCAACAUUUCCUUGAUUCUAGUCAAUCAUCUUAAUGUAAUAUAUGAUUCUAUUAAUAGCUAUGAUUAUGAACAUUAAUAAAGAAAAGUAAAGAAGAAUCAAAUAAUUAUUAGAAGAAAAUUUAAAGUUAUUAGAGCAAUGUUCUGAAUAGGAUUUGUAAAUUGGCAGAUUAUAUACUAAAAUAGAUAAGAAUGUAGUUUUAAGAACCUAAAGAGUCUAAACUCUCAAUAAUAUGUAUAGUAUUGAGAAUAAGAAAUAUUUUUUCAAUAACUAAAAACCACAAAAUAUUUCAGAUUUGCGACAAAAAGAAGAUAAACAACUUUUCACAUUUUAUAGUCCAGAACCAAAAUAAAAUUCGUAAGUAUUCAAACUCCCUAAAGUUUUCAAAGCUAUUCCUAAGUAAAAUAAAUUCUUUAUCUGA